CGGUCGCGUACCCGAGGCCCCGGCUGUGACCUGGGCCUUGCCGUCGAAGGGCUGCGGGCGGCCGGUGCCCGGACUCCAGGCAAAGUGAAGGCGAGCGGACCUGGCGCGCUGGGCGAGGAGACGCGGCGAAGCCGGCGCGGGCGGGAGAGGCGCCCGCUCCUUUGUUUCCUGCGGCCCGACGGCCGGGACGCUGAGCAGAGGCCCGCGGUGGCCUGGGGCGAGCGCCCCGCGGCGGGUUGGCAUGGCGGCCCGCAUCCUGAGGCGCCCAGGGCGGGGAACGCGGGAGCCGACUGGUGUGCAGAUCCAACAAAAGCCCCUGGGUCUGUUUGACUUGUUCAAGUGUCCACUGUGGAAGAUGCAUUUCCGUAUGCAUAUUGCUGACCAGGAUUCAGAGAAAAGAUCUGAAGCCAUAUCCAUGAAAAGUCAGUGUUUCUGACUUCAUUUUAGAUGCGAUGCCAACAUAUGGCCCUGUGAAAGGUAUGUGAAUGGCCAUGCAAAAAAACAUUAUGAAGAUGCACAGAUACCCUUAACCAACCAUAAGAAAUCAGAAAAGCAAGAGAAAGCUCAGCACACAGUGUGUAUGGAUUGCAGUAGCUACAGCACAUACUGUUAUCGCUGUGAUGAUUUUGUGGUUAAUGAUACCAAGCUGGGCCUGGUACAGAAAGUGAGAGAACACUUGCAAAAUCUGGAAAACUCAGCUUUCACAGCUGACAGACAUAGAAAAAGAAAACUGCUGGAAAUCUCAUCAUUAAAUAGCAAGUUAUUAAAAGUGAAUGGAAGCACCACUGCCAUUUGUGCCACAGGACUUCGGAAUUUGGGCAACACAUGUUUUAUGAAUGCCAUCCUUCAGUCACUCAGUAACAUUGAGCAGUUUUGCUGUUAUUUCAAAGAACUGCCUGCUGUGGAGUUAAGGAAUGGAAAAACAGCAGGAAGGCGAACAUACCACACCAGGAGCCAAGGGGAUAACAAUGUGUCUUUGGUAGAAGAGUUUAGAAAGACACUCUGUGCUUUAUGGCAAGGCAGCCAGACUGCAUUUAGUCCAGAGUCCUUGUUUUAUGUUGUUUGGAAGAUUAUGCCUAACUUUAGGGGCUAUCAGCAGCAAGACGCCCACGAAUUCAUGCGGUACCUUUUGGACCACCUACACUUGGAACUUCAGGGCGGUUUCAAUGGUGUUUCCCGCUCUGCAAUCCUACAGGAGAAUUCUACUCUGUCUGCAAGUAACAAAUGCUGCAUAAAUGGAGCAUCAACUGUUGUCACAGCAAUAUUUGGAGGCAUUCUCCAGAACGAAGUCAACUGCCUCAUCUGUGGGACAGAGUCAAGGAAGUUUGAUCCAUUCCUAGAUCUUUCAUUAGAUAUUCCAAAUCAGUUCAGAAGUAAGCGCUCUAAGAAUCAAGAAAAUGGACCAGUUUGUUCAUUACGAGAUUGUCUUCACAGUUUCACCGACCUAGAAGAACUUGAUGAGACAGAAUUAUAUAUGUGCCACAAAUGCAAAAAGAAACAGAAGUCCACAAAAAAGUUUUGGAUUCAAAAACUACCCAAGGUGCUGUGCUUACAUUUGAAAAGAUUUCACUGGACAGCAUAUUUAAGAAAUAAAGUUGAUACGUAUGUAGAAUUUCCACUGAGAGGCCUAGACAUGAAGUGCUACUUACUAGAGCCAGAGAACAGUGGUCCAGAAAGCUGCCUGUAUGACCUUGCUGCUGUAGUGGUGCACCAUGGCUCUGGGGUUGGUUCUGGACAUUACACAGCUUAUGCAACUCAUGAAGGCCGUUGGUUCCAUUUCAAUGACAGUACUGUAACACUGACUGAUGAGGAGACCGUUGUGAAGGCAAAGGCCUACAUACUAUUUUACGUGGAAUGCCAGGCCAGAGCUGGAUCAGACAAACUUUAAUACUGCCUGUGAUCGUUAUUCAUCAACUGUACCGGACAAACAUUUCCAAUUUUUCAUAAAUACUUGAUCCAAGAUUUAAUUAUAUUACGCACUUUUCAAUUUCCAGUUUUGGGUUUAGUUUUGUCAAUGGUAGUGACUUACUGAAGGUGGGCACCAACUAAUGUUUCGUUCUACCAGAAAACCUCAGCAGACAUUUUUGAUUUGCUGCUUUAGUUGAAAUAAUUCAAUUUUUAUAUGUAGUUUCCAGAACUUAGUUCUGUUUGGCUUUUUGUGUAUUAACAUUUUCAGUUCUCAUUCUGAGGCACAUCUGUGCUUUCAGCCUCAUGAGUGUCAAGAGUAACACUGCCUUACACAGCUGAGGUUGGGCUGACUCCACAGCGAGAUCAUGUGGGUGCAGAAUCUGCAGCCAAUGAGACUUCACAGUGAUUUGCUCAGUAAUAACUCUUUCUGGCUAGGCACUAACAGGGGCAUCUUUAAGUAGACCAGGUAAUUGCUGCCGUUGGUGUCUCUCAAGGCUGCUGCCUAUCAGCGCUAAAUAAAUCUGUUGGUUUGGUUGUAUAUGUACUACAACUUCAAGAA